CAUUUUACCAGCUGACACUUGCCUGUGGGUGUGUUGACCUAGGCUUUCUCUACGGAUGAAGCUUUCUGCUGAGCAUUAGUUGGACGAGCUGAGACAGCUGAAUCUUGAACCACCUCUUCAGUUGUCAUUUUCUGUUAUUGCCAGAGAUGGUGUGCUAAAGCAGCUCUGCAGAGAGCGUGAAUAGCAAUUCGCUGCCGUUUGGAAUCAGAGUGCAUUUCUGAAGACUGGUUGAAGGACUGAGAGACCUCCACAUAUUUCGCUUCAGAAUAUUGAUAUGGAAGUUGUAUGAAAUGAUGCAAACACAGAAGUGAAGAGGCGGAAAUUCAUCCAGAAUAUUUUGUUUUCCUGCCGUGGAUGAAUAACACUUUUCUCUUUCAGUUAGCUCUAAAGAGGAAAUCUGUUUAGGAUUUUGAUCUGGUGAUUGUACUUUUGCAGUCAUGGUUCGAGCAGUGGGAAUGCUUUUGCUGAUGCUUUGUAGUAGAACUGGAGGUAAAAGCCAGUCACGGAACUACAUCAUUGAACCAACGGAACUGAAUCUUGGGGAUGUAUUUGCUGGAGAAUAUGAAACUAAUAUAUUUUAUGAUCCUGGACCUAUAGGAAUCCUAUUUCAGAUGGCGCGUGCUUUCCUAGCAGUAGUACAGCCAAAUCCUUUUCCUCAUGAUAUUGCGACUGAGCUAAUAAAGCAGAACUUUGGAGCUGUACUACAACAAUAUCAAAGGAUCAUCUACUAUGAGAUCGGUUUCAUCAUAUGCACAAUUCUGGGUGUGGUGUUUGUUCUACUAAUGCCUCUUUUGGGCCUAUGUUUCUGCCUGUGUCGUUGCUGUGACAACUGUGGAGGGGAGAUGCACCAGCGACAGAAGAAAAAUGCAGAUUGUAGGAGAAGCUGCUUUGGAACAACCCUGUUUUUCGUUACCAUAAUUAUAACGGCAGGAGCACUCUGCACAUAUGCAGCCAACCAAAAUCUAACUGACCAGCUUAAAGGAGUCAGGAAAUUGGUCAACAGCAACUUUAAAGACCUACAUACUUUCAUCAAUGCUACACCAAGUCAAAUUGAUUACGUCAUAAAACAAUACAACACCACCAAAAACAAGGCUUUAGCAGAUGUUAACAAUAUUGGGCCUGUACUCAGCAAUAUGAUUAAGAAACGUUUGGCAAAGGAUAUUUACCCUGCACUGGAUGGAGUCUUACACAUGUCUGGAACUAUCAAGGAAACCCAGGAAGCCUUAGAGAAUGUGAGUCUCUCCCGUGAUGUCUUAAAAGAUGGAACCGAUAAAUUAAGUACUUCCUUGACUGAUUUGCAAACCAGCCUCGGUGACACACUGAAUGAUCCAACAUGCAGGACACCAGGAAGUACUCAGAUCUGUGACUCCAUCAGGAAUACACUCCCAAGUCUUAGUAUAAAUGCAGAUUUCAGUAAGUUACAAGGUGUAGAAUCUCAACUCGCCAAAGUGAAAGAUGUGCAGAAAACAAAUUUCUCUGACUUGGUGCGAAAGGGAUAUGCAGCAUUGGAUAAAACUGAAGAAAUGGUACAGAAUGAAACCAAAUCUAUUCGAAAAGAUGUACAUGAUGUACUGAACCGUAUUGGCGAUGUUCUUGCAGGCAUUUCCAAUGACUUGCCUAUUCAGAAUUUACUUCAUAGUUUAACUGAGUACCUCGAAGAUUUUCAGAGUUACUUUCAGCAGUAUUAUCCAUUGGUGGAGCAAUAUGACUUUUACAGGUGGCUUGGUGGUGUUGCAGUCUGUUGUUCGGUGUCGUUGAUCCUUGCUUUCAACUAUCUUGGUUUACUAUUUGGCUCCUGUGGCCUUGACAAACAUGCUUCUCCAACCACGCGAGGCUGCAUAUCGAACACAGGAGGCAGUCUUCUCAUGGCUGGAGUAGGGAUCAGUUUUAUCUUUUCCUGGCUUUUGAUGGUGGUCGUUGUGGUCACAUUCAUUGUUGGAGGAAAUGUGGAAAAACUUGCUUGUCAAGCUUUAAAAGAUAACGAGUUAUUUAAGGUUCUGGAUACACCCUAUUUAUUGAACUCUGAAUGGAAAUACUUCAUUUCAGGAUCUCUGUUUUCUGAUUCCAAUAUAAACAUCACUUUCCAGAGUGUAUACACCAAAUGCCACAGAAAAGUAGGAAUUUAUUCCGCUUUACAGCUGGAGAAUUUAUUCAGCAUUGAGGAUCAAAUGAAUGUCAGCAUGUACACAUCUGAGCUACAAGCCAAUUUGAAAAACAUUAAUGUGGAUUUAAGUAGUAUAGUACUUCUUGACCCGGAAGUGAAAAAGAGCCUUCAGAAAUUUGAAAAAUCUGGCAUUGAUGGCAUUGAGUUUGAUGCCUAUAUUGCAGAGUUACGCAAAACAACAACAAAAGUGGAUCUUUUGACGUAUGCAAAUCAAUUGGAUGAAAAGGCAGAAAAAUUGCCUAGAGGUGCAUUAGAGAAUGCGCUUAAAGGUCAUGCAAACAAUAUUCGGAAAAUCCACAAUGACCAAGUCAUUCCUCUGGAACAAACUAUGACAUUAAUGAUUCAGAACAUUGAAAGGCUACAGACUACAGCAUCUGAUUUGUCGGUAAAAGUGGGAAAUGUAGUUGAUUCUCUUGAAGCUGCUCAGAGCCUAAUUAACAACAAUGGCACAAGCAUUGUAGCACAGGAAGCUCAGCAAUACUUGAUGAGAAUAAUGGGCUACUUCCAAGAAUAUGUAGAAUGGAGCAAAGAUGUUAUCAACAAUGAGGUUGCAGACUGCAAGCCAAUCGCAAAUGUGGUGGAUACGCUUGACAUCGUAUUGUGUGGCUUUGUGGUGGAUUCUUUGAAUGGUUUCUGGUUUGGUCUCGGAUGUUGCUCAAUCUUUUUGAUUCCAAGUAUUAUUCUUGCUGUGAAACUAGCAAAGUUCUAUCGACGGAUGGAUACAGAAGAUGUGUAUGAUGAGAGGAGCAGAACCAGGAUGCGUUUUGGUAGACACAUCACUUCAUCUGUUUCUGUGCACCCUAUGGAAGAUCUCCAUAUAAAUCGCCUACAACGCGUUAGUCAACGUGCACCUUAUUAACUUACAUUUUGAAAUUAAUUGGGGAAAAAAACUGUUGAACAACGGUUUGGGAGAGCAACUUGUUUUUAAAUUCAAUGCUUAUAAACAUGAUUGAAUUAACAUUUACAGAAGUUCUCCAUGUGAUAGGUGAAGACAAAUGGUUACGCCUUUUCUUCUCACGUCACAUUGCAUUUUGUACCUUUUUAUUUUUGUUUUUUUAUUCCAAGCAGUUUUGUGGCCCACUUUCCUGCAUCAACAACAUGUUCCAUUUUCUAGUCACAAGUGGUGGUUUUUAUUUUCCUAGUUUAAACACUCGAUACUUUAGCACUUUUGUUUAUUAAAUGUUUUAUUUUGUCUUAGAAAUAAUUUGAAAUAUGUAAAAUUUUACGCAUCCUGUUUUACGUUUCAGAUUAAUUGUAUUAUAAUGCUGAUGAGUGAAUAGCCUUUAAUUAAUUUUAUGUAGGUUGUUUUGUAUAUUUAAACUGUAUGCUGAUCAAAUUAAAUAUUUUAUAUGCUAGGGAAGUUAAAUUAAUUUAGGAAUGUUUCAAUUCAUAAUACUAUUAAUGGAAUGCCUACUACAAUUGGUGGAUUUGUGAUGCAGUCUUAUAUAGAUAUUGCUGUUCAAACUACUCAAGGUUCUUUGUGAGUGGGAGAGGGGUUAAUCCAAGAAAUGGUUUAUUGCAAUCUGUCAAACUGUUCUAUUAAGCUUUUUGUUAAAUGUAAUGCAGUUUUGUGAAGAUUAGUUUGCAAUCUAACUGCUGAAGAAAUACAACUACUUUUCCAAGUUAGACCAUAACAUGUAUACAAUGCACUGACGUACAAUAAUUUUGUUAACCAUUUAUAAAAUGAUCUUACUACUGCUAUAACCUUGUGGUAACCAUGAACAGAAUGCGUGCUCCAAUUUAUCUUUAAUGUGUACCAAUAUUGAACGUAAUUAAACUCAACAACUUUGUCUCUGGUAUUAUGUAUAAUUCAGGUUUUCUCAUUGUAAGGUAGAAUGUGCAAACACUGUAUGCUUUAAUCAAAGUUUUUUUUAGACUUGAAUUUGUAUAUAAUGCUCACAGUUGUAGAUUUACAGAA